AUGCCUCAGGAGAAGAGGAAGUGGCAGACUGAGAUUGAGAACAAGAAACGUCAGCUGGAGGAUGACAGGAGAGCCCUGCAGCACCUGAAGUCGAAGGCCCUGAGGGAGCGCUGGCUGCUGGACGGAGCGCCCUCUGCUGGACCAGAACAGGAUGAAGUAAAAAGACAACUGGAGCAGGACGAGGCCAGGACCAGGAGCCUGGAGGACACCAUCAGCAGGUUGGAGGCGGAGCUCGUCGGAUUGGAAAGUGGAGGCUUGUGUCAGAGCGUAGAACACACUACUGUGUCAUCAGGAUCAGUUAAAGCUGUAGAGGUCAAAGGUCACAGCAGCCGUCAGCAGACCAGGCCAGCCACAACCUCAGGUCAGAUAGUUCAAGAGGUCAAAGUUCACAAAAACCCUCGAGUGAACAAACCGAAAGAGGCGACGGACGAGAUGAAGAGAGCGAUGUACUCGGUGGAGAUUAAGGUGGAGCGGGACAAAGUGACGGGGGAGACCAGGGUUCUGUCCACUAACACCACACUUCCUGUUGACCUGUCUCACCAAGGGGUCAAAGUGUAUGAGGACGAGAGGAAAGUGGUCCACGAGAUGAACGGUGAAGACGGCGUCCAGCUGCUCAGCUCCUCCGAGGUCGAAGACCUGAUCCAUAAAGCCGACGAGGCCUCGAUGAUGUCGCAGACUGUUGCCACAGUGACCUCCCUCCCGACAGCGGAGGUCCAGGAGGAGGUGGUUCCCGAGCCGUCACCACCAACAGAGAUCACCGGGCUGGAAACCAAAGUGGGCGGUGAGCCGAGCAUGGCCGAGGCCAGCGCCGAGAACCCCGUCACCAUGGUGUUCAUGGGAUACCAGAGCGUGGAAGACGAGGACGAGACCAGGAAGGUUCUGGGUCUGCAGGGGACGGUGAAGGCAGAGCUCGUGCUCAUCGAUGACGCCAAUGGGAAAACGUCACCGGGCGGAGAGAAGGAGGAGGCGGUGGUUGGUACUCAGACACCAGCUCCACCUCCAGCGGCCUCCCCCGCCCCGCCGCCCUCCACCAAACCUCCAGGGACACAGCGGGCGGCGAGCAAUGGUGAGACGGCAGGGGAGGCAGAGGAGGUGAAGGGAGGAGCGGUGGAGAUAAAGAAGGAGAAGCAGCCGUGUAAGUGCUGCAGCAUCAUGUGAUCCUGCAGGAAGUCAAAUCAUACGAGAAUAAAAAGGACGGAGACUUUUCAGGACACAGACUCCACCCACUGCCCUCAGCCCCGCCUCUAACAACAUGACAUCAUUUCCUGUUUCUUCAUUCUCCUGUUUUAUAAAACCUCUCUUUACUUUUUCUAUUUCCCUGAAACCUUUUUACUUUUGUACUCCUCCUGUCUGCUCGAUGCAUCUGAUUAGCAUUAGCAUUAGCAUUAGCCACGCAGUCGUCACUGUGACAUCAGACAGUUAAUAAUUCUAGAGUUUGUAUUUAUUUGAUUUUGUAAGUUUCUGUUUGUUUUUAGUUUUAAAAAGAAAAUAAACUGAUCUGACCGACAAGUUGACCCUGAACGCA